GAUGCCCGAGAUAACCAAGUUACUAAGAGUAAAGGUUUGUUUUGGCUUGUGGUUUGCAGGUAGUGUAUGUUGGAGCAAGCUGCCCAUCUCAUUGUUUCCAGGAAGCGGAGAGGCUGGGGAGGAAAAGACUUGAUUCCCAUAAUCUUCAUUGAUAAGCACAUCCCAAGUGACCUCACUUCCUCCCAUUAAAUCUCACCUCUUAAAGGCUACUCCACCUCCCCAAUGCACCAUAGGCUGAAGACUCAAUCUUUAAUACACAGGCCUUUGGAGGAUACUUAUUCAAACCAUAACAGCCAUUAUUAGCAAAUAUUCCUUCAAGUUCAUAUGGCCCAAGAGUUUGUCUCCUAAAUGAGAUAGAAGGGAUGCUUUGGGUGAGGCACAGAUAUCUGUUUUGGUUACAGUAAGUUUGGAUUUGCAACUGGUGUUGUGGAGCUUUCCUCAAUGCAACAGUUUCCUAGAGCUUCUUUUCCACAGGUCUAUUUGAAUCUGCUGUGUUUUCUGUCUGUGUGAGUUCAUCUGUUGUUCACGCAGGGACAGUAAAAUCCAGCAGUUGGGGCUGGGGAGGUGGCUCGGGUGCUAAGGUGAUUGAUACACAAGCAUUACGACCUGAGUUCAACCCCUAAGACUCCUGAAAACCAAACCAAACCAAACCAAAAAAACCUGGCAUGGUGGUAUGUACUUGCACUCUCAGUGCUGGGGAGAAUGAGGCAGGUAGAUCCUUUGAGGCUCAUUAAUCAGUCUGCCUAGGCUAAUUAGUGAUCUCUGCCCCCCCGCCCCGAGAGUGCCAAUAUCAAAACAGUAACAAUCACAACUUUUGAAGAAUGAUACCAGAAGUCUACAUGUACACACACACACACACCACACACACACACCACACUCACACACACACACACACACACACACACACACCUGAACAGGUUUACUGUGGAAGAAAGUAGAUCUGGGCAGAUCUGGAUAGAAGUUUCAGCCCUGUUGCUUAAUAGCUUUGCCAAUAUUUAUCGUCACCUAGAAUCUUCACCAGAUUUAUCUGGCAAGCAGUAAAUUACCUUCCUCUCUGGAAAGUGCCCAGUACAUAUGUGAACCACUUAGCUCUGGGAGAUUCAUCCUGGUGUCUGCUGCGUGGAUUGCUGCUCAGGGAAUGUGGGUGCAGAGCUGAAGCAGGUAUACAAUGGGAGCUUUGUGUUAGAGCUGACUUCUCAUAAGCCACUCACUGAAAUUGCAAGGAUGGAAUAACGUGCUUUGGCUCUGCAGGGGAGCUGGGAUACCUGAAGCCCCAGACAGCAAAGCAGGACUUGCCAGAGACCAGACCAUGGAACUCAGCCUCUUUCAGGAGCCAGGGCUCCUGAACAGGGUGGUUACAAAGCCCCCUUCCUGAUAGACCUCUCACUGUGCAGCUUAAUUUAUAUUUCACUGACAGCUUAAUGCUACUAAAGAUUUUAUGAAACUUAAGCUUUUCAAAUGCCACUUUUGUUAUUCUUACUGAAAUCCUUCAAUCGCUAGUACAUCAACAACAACAAAACAACAACAUCUCUAAAUCAACACAGAGGAGGACAAGCAGAGACAGCAGGCCAGGAACUCAACAGUUCUCUGCUAAGACAGCUGGCGCCUUGGGUUGCUGUAGCUGAGAAAGGGAAGUGAACACGGGGUGGCAGGGUUCAGAUCUUGGGGUGGAUUUACGGAUCCACACACUGGCCUGAUAGCUGCGUUUUCUGAGCUAGGGAGGUAAGUGAUGGCAUGGUCCUUGGUGGUGCCGAUCCAUAUUGGAGGCGAAGUCACUAACGCUCCAGCCCCAUCCUGCACUUCCCGGAACCGGCAGCGCAGGGAGCAAGCCUCAGAGCCACAACAGGUGCAUUAAUUCCGACUGUCGUGAUCCCCCUCGGGCAGUGCCCACACACCACUGGGCAGGUCUCCGGGGGAGCUGCCCGUGGUGCUGAAUUUUCCUUUGUUUGAGAGGGACCUGGGGCCACCGAGCAGGCAAAAAAGCUGAAAGGGUCCACUGGAGAGUCAGAGCCCUAAGAUCCCUGACCAGCGCCAGAUGCAGCCCAGCAAAUCCUUGCUAGACCCCAGCUCUAGCGACUCUGUCAGCUGCAGCUGGAGCUCUGCAGUAUCUGGAGGUGGCCUGACCCUCAUUCCCUUCACUCCCUAGUGUAUCCCGACUUCCCCAUCCUCACAUUCUCCCCGACCCUGUGCCUUCUGAGACAGCAACUGGUGGACCGCGCAAAUUGGCACUUCCCGCACCUCCUCUGCCUUCCCCUGGAACGCGUCCCUCCGGAACAGCUUCUCCAAGCCCCCCCUCCCCCGCACACUUCGGCAGCGGAGCUCACCUCUGGAGCUUGCGGCGGGUACCCGGCCCCACCCCCUUUCUUAUUCCAUCCCUACUACACUCGCGGCCCCCUUCUCUAAGCACAGAGUUGGGCAGCAUGCUCCGCCUCCAUCUUCCAUAGAAGGGAGAGCUGGUGUGGGGGAAGAGGUGGAGGGGAGGAGCUCCUAGACCCCUCAAAAGCUGCCGGCCCCUGGGAACGCCUAGAGUGCCCGUCGUCCCCGAGGGCCUAAGGGACAGCAGGCAGUCCGCUUCCGCCUUUGAGAACGCUUUCUCGCCAGCAAUCCUGCUUACAGGUGGCCAUGACCUCACUGCCCACUGGAACCACUGGGGACCCCGAUUUGUUUUCUGGGCUGUCGCCAGCCGGCUCCACUCCAGCCAACCAGAGCGCAGAGGCCUCGCGGGGCAACGAGUCGGCUCCCCGAGCUGCGGCAGUCACGCCGUUCCAGAGUCUGCAGCUGGUGCACCAGCUCAAGGGGCUGAUCGUGAUGCUCUACAGCGUCGUGGUGGUGGUGGGGCUGGUGGGCAAUUGCCUGCUGGUGCUGGUGAUCGCGCGCGCGCGCCGGCUGCACAACGUGACCAACUUCCUCAUCGGCAACCUGGCCUUGUCCGACGUGCUCAUGUGCGCCGCCUGUGUGCCACUCACGCUGGCCUACGCCUUCGAGCCUCGUGGCUGGGUGUUCGGUGGAGGCCUGUGCCACCUGGUUUUCUUCCUACAGCCGGUCACCGUCUACGUGUCAGUGUUUACGCUCACCACAAUCGCCUUGGACCGCUACGUCGUUCUGGUGCACCCGCUCCGCCGGCGCAUCUCUCUGAGGCUCAGUGCCUACGCGGUGCUGGGUAUCUGGGCUCUGUCUGCGGUGCUGGCGCUGCCCGCCGCGGUGCACACCUACCAUGUGGAGCUCAAGCCGCAUGACGUGCGCCUUUGCGAGGAGUUCUGGGGCUCGCAGGAGCGCCAGCGCCAGCUCUACGCCUGGGGACUGCUGCUGGGCACGUAUUUGCUCCCCCUGCUGGCCAUCCUCCUGUCCUACAUCCGGGUGUCCGUGAAGCUGCGGAACCGCGUGGUGCCCGGCAGCGUGACCCAGAGCCAAGCGGACUGGGACCGAGCGCGUCGCCGCCGCACCUUCUGUCUGCUGGUGGUGGUGGUGGUCGUGUUCGCAGUCUGCUGGCUGCCGCUGCACGUUUUCAACCUGCUGCGGGACCUGGACCCGCGUGCCAUCGACCCCUACGCCUUCGGGCUGGUGCAGCUUCUCUGCCACUGGCUCGCGAUGAGCUCAGCCUGCUACAACCCCUUCAUCUACGCCUGGCUGCACGACAGCUUCCGCGAGGAGCUGCGCAAGAUGCUGCUGUCCUGGCCUCGCAAGAUCGUGCCCCGUGGCCAGAGCGUGACCGUCAGCGUGGUCAUCUGAUGUCACUCUGCCAGGCCUGAGCUGGGGAGCUCCAUAGCCCUUAGCCCCGGAGGUCAUCAUGAGACCUUAUUCCCCGCACCAGAGAUAUGCCAACACAGUGCGAGAUCCCUGCCCGCCUUCUCGGCUAGCUAUUUGUGUGGUUUGUUGUUGUUUUUGUUUUGUUUCGUUUCGUUUCUGUGAAAUGUUAGGUGGGCUUUGGAGCAGAAGAGCCUGGGGCGCGUGAGAGGAGCAGAUUUACCAGUUCUUUCUUCUACCUCUGAAAGCAAAACACAGCUAUUUCUCUGGGUUCAGAAAAAAUAAUUCAGAAGCGGGGCUUUCUUUUCUUUCACCUUGCUUACAGCAUGGGUGGGAUUUAAAUGUGGUGCUGGGGUUGGUGAAAUUUUUCACCUUACCUUUUUAAAAGGCCCCAGAUGAGACAUAAUGACUUGGAUUUAUGAUUGAUUUCCAAUAAUAUGUAUCCCAAAUCAAUAUUCAGGAUUUCAGCAUUUUCUGAAUAUGGUUUUUAGGCUCCAAAAAGAUUUUUCAUUUAAAAACCAUUUAAAUUUAUAGUACAAAUCCAGUUUCAAGUUACAUUUCAGGGGAUGUUGCUUUUGUUUUCUAACUCUCGGCUACCAAAUUGAAAGGAUGAAGCAGGUCAGUAGGUAGAAAGCUUGCCUAGCCUGGGUUCAGACCCUGCACAAUGGGAUGUGAUAGUGCCUGCCUGCAAGCCCAUGAGGUAAGAGAUGGAGGAAGAAGGAUCAGCAGUUCAUGAUAAUCUUGAGCUACACAGUACAUCUGAGACCAGGCUGGGCUACAUGAGAGGAACUGAUCACUGAAGAGAUAGGCAAAAGGAGAAAGGUGUGAUUCCCUAAGGACACCUGUACCUGUGCUUAAAGACAGAUGUGUGUGUGUGUGUGUGUGUGUGUGUGUGUGUGCGUGCAGAGAAGUGUUUAUCACCAGACAGAAACUUAAAUGUUUGCUUUCACGAGUGCUCAGUGUGGGCUGUGUGCCGCAGCAUUCUCCUGCAUCCUCUAACUGCUGAAUUUCAACAGAUCAACAGCUGCCAGUUGACUGCUCAGCACCUGCUCCCUGGAGAUUCUUGCAACAUAUCAGCCCAGAAGCCAAGAGCUGGAUUACUUACUGAUAAUACAGAAAAAGAAAUGUCCACCUACAACCUGCACAGUUCAAAUGCUAGUCACUGUCAGGGUUUCAGGAACAGGUGAAGGCUGGAGGGCCUGAGGCUGGUUUGGGGAUCAGCACAUUAACUUCUUAAGAGUUCUGUUAAUGAGGAGUGUAUCUGGGGCAAGGGCCUCAGUAAUGGGUGCUGAGACAGCCACCGUGCAGUGAAGGAGCUUUGGGAAAGGAUACAGAGCACCCUGCUCUCAAGCCAGGGCCUGUGAAGUGUGUGGUAUGAGUUACGGUCCAUAGCAAGUCUGUGAGGCUCUAGUGCUUCUCCAGCACAGUCUCCCCUUCUCUUCUGUUACUUUUGGAAGAAGACUGGCUCAUUUAUCAGAGUGCUGUGCAAGAAGAGGGGUGGUACUAAAAUGACAGCGGCAGCUGAUGGGGGGCGUGAACAUUUCUUAUGUCGUUAGGCAGCUCUGGAAGUCUUCAGUAGCUGCAGGGUCACAUUCCAUUGACUGAAAAAAAGCUGAAGCAGGGUAGGAGGGGAGAUGGUACUACCUCUGGCAGUAGCACCUAACUGGCUUUGAGCUUCAUCUAGAGGCUGGAGCAUGCAGAACUUGUACUCUGAUGAUGCAGUGUACACCCACACAGAAUGUUACAAACAAUUAUUGUAUUUGCUAGGCAUCCCAGAGAUGGGCAUUGUAUUUCCUGUCCAGGCUCAAAGCCAGAGCGUGCUUUUGAUGGGUACAUAUGAAAAGAAAAGGAAAUGGGGAAGAGGCAAGAUUAGUUAGAGAGGAAUCCUGUCAACUCUGGUCUUUUUCUUGAAAUUGCUGGUUUCAGCCCUGGCUGCUCUUAGAUUCCCCCCUAGGAAAAUACAAACCAAACCAAAAAAAAUACACUGAUGCCCAGUCUUUGUCAACACCUUCACCCGCCCUCAUCUAAUGGCUUUAAGGUGGGACCAGAGAGCUUGCAUUCUUUGAAGUACUUCUGAAGAUUUUAAUGUGCAGCCUGACUAGAAUACUUUAAGAAUGAUCCUGUUUCCUAAUGUUGCUCAAAAAUACCUUUGUGAAACUUCAUUUAUACAUAUCAAAGUUGUUAAGAAUCUGGACUUGAAUUUGACAUGAGUUACAAGUCUCAGUUGGAGAAUACACUGUCAAUUUUUACACAAUUUGUGCUCUAUCAGUUUUGGAGGACAAUCCUCAUGAUAGAAUAUUUGCACAUUCAUCUAUCAGUUUCUUUAAUCAGUUCCUGUGUAGCUCAUCAGUUUAGAAGGAACAUUAUUUAGUUUUAGUUAAAUUGCAUAAUAAAGUUACCCAUCAUUAAAUAUUCCAAUAAUUCAUUGUUAAGGUGUUAAAAAAAUAAAAUGUUCCCUGAUUAGUUUAAGGCCACACCUACUGUGAGAAGAAAGUGUCUCUCUUACACUAGGAAGACUGCUACCAGUGCAUCAUGCAAGGACCCAAGCUAAAAACUUAAGCAUUUGUAAGAUCUUCUGGGUCGUCUAAUGAUGGCGCUAAGUUAGGCUGUGCUCAGGAGCAUCUCUGCAAACUGAGAAACUGGCAGCUAAACACCAACUAAUUAAUUGGUACCUGAUGUGACAUCUAUUUGGAAGUAGUUUGCCAAACAAACUGAUGUGUAAAAACAUCUCUCAGAGAUGGGUUCCAGAGAAAUCUGUAUAGGCUUAUACAUAGAAAGUGUGUUUCAUAAUUAAUUUUCUGUUGUAUCAAGUGCCUAAGAUGAGUAAGCAGGUCCACUCCUGCAGGAAGGAGAACAAAGCAGGGACCUGAGCCAGCUGGGAACUUGGCUGACAAGAGGUUCUGUAAUCCUUUUUGCAAGCAUUGUCAGCAGGCCUCACUUUUGGCAUGUGAUCAAUAGAUUUAUCUCACCAAAUCAGCAGAGGAGCAUUUCAGUAUGUGCUAGCAACAGUGACCUUGGAUAGCAACCAUGAGAGACACAAGUCAUAAUAACUCCAGGUGAUGUAGCCGUCCGAGCUUCUCCCCAAUGGAUGUUCAGGCUGCUCUUUUAUCAGGGCAGCUCAUUUUCCAUUUUUUUAUUUUUUUAAUUUUAAUUUUAAUUUUUCUGGUGAACUAUUCAACUACCUUUGGUCUGCAUUAGUGAACAUCUAGUAGUCUUUUAGAUGCAAGGCCAGGAACUGACCUCAAGGGCACUCAUGUAAGAUCAUGACUUGAUGGACACAUGAUUCAUCCCUCACAGAGAGAUGCUGGGAAGGCAUGUCUGUAAUGUCCACACGCUGACUGCUUCAUUCUAUGUGUAUGUCUUUGAUGCUGAGCCAUGUGGGAGGGUUGUCAGGCUGGAGCGUGUAGUGUGUUUGAUAUAAUAAAUAUUACAUCAGUUGCGUACAGUCCAGCUGUGGAAUUAAUAUACCUAGCCAAAGCCAUGCCAGGAAAAUCUUAGUGUCCAACUAGAUUUUAUCAGUUUUUACUAAUUCCAGAGAUGAAGUAUUCAUGCUGGCUUUUCUGUGACCCUCUGUCCCCAGUCUGCAUGAUGGCUUUAGUGUCUGGCACUAAGACUUUCAUCCCUCUGAGGCAGGACCCUAAAUCCACAGGGCCAUCAAAAAAGAAGUGGAGGAUUUCAUGCUGAGUUUCUGUGCUGCCAUGAAUGUAGAUGAAUAUUUAAUGGUUAGCAUUUUAUCAACCAUUUUCCACAUGUAGCUUGGAAAAUUCUAAAAACAUACAAUGAAUGGGUCAAUAAAUAAGAUCUAGAGCAUUUUAAAACUUUAAUGAUAGAGUCAUAAACAAGUUUGCUUUUUGGUGAAUAUGGAUUAUAAUUUUAAGAUGGAUUUAUGGCUGGCCAGCAAGAGUGCUCAUCUGGUUAAAAGGCGCUUGCUACCAGGACUGACCCUGGGAAUGAAAUCUCAGGACUCAUGUAAUGGAGAGAACAGGUUCUCUAGUGUUGUGCUCUGACCUCCAUGCGUGCUUGGUGGCAUGCACAUACACCCAACUAAAUAGUGACUCUAUGGGAAUGAGGUGGGCAAAAGGUGCAGUGGUACUUGCAGCUCAGUAAUGAAGACCUGAUUUGGAUCCUGCAUGGGGUAUAAUUUCAGCUCCAAAGAUCUGACCCUCUCUUCUGGCACACAUUCAUCUACUUGCACACUCACCCAUAAGCGAAAUAAAAAAUAAAAAUCAUUUACAAAGGGAUUUAUGAACACAUUUUUUUUUCUGGUUCUACUCUUCCUGAAUAUGAAAUAAGCUAUAUAUAAAAACUGGGAAAGGAAGAGGUUCAGACUGGAUGGGAAUUAGUCAUUAUCCACAAAAAGCCUGGACACUCAAAGCCAGACUGUGGAGGCAGUGAGUCUCAUUCCAACAACCAAGUACAGAUAUUUCUAGCAAGUUCUUUUUUAAAAAAUUACUAUAUUUAUAUGUAUUAUGUAUAUGAGUACUCGCCUUCCUUGUACACCUGCUCACCAGAGAGGUCGUCAGAUCUCACUGCAGAUGGCUGUGAGCCACCACAUGGUUGUUGGGAAUUGAACUCAGGUCCUUUGGAAGAGCAGCCAGUGCUCUCAGGCUCUUAGCAGGGGUGUUUCAGAUGUCCCCCGUCCCAUUUUUAUUCCUCUCUCUUGCCCUUUGUCUUUGCUGCUGCUCUGCUUAUCUAUAAAAUACGUCCUGUCUGAAGUCCCUCCCUAGGGAUGGGGGAUAUAGGGUUCACGUCCUCGUCUUCUGUUUGCCUCUUGUAAAGGAGAAGCCACUGACUCUAAUCCAGACAUAACAAAGACAGCUUGUACCCUGGGACAAGGUGUGUCCAGAUCACAGUGUUGCCUGGACCCCAUGGGUCUGGCCCCAAACAUUUGCUCAGAAUUUUUACAGGCCUUGUAACUCAAUAAACCUCACUGCGGGCUCUCAAGAGGACCUAAUAGUAAAAGGUCAAAUGGUGUCAUUUGAGCAUCUGCUGUUGGAGAAAAGAAACAGGAUCCGGCAAAAGCAACAGCCUCUGCUUCUAAGAGGUCCCCACCUCACCUCUCAGCUCUCACAAAAGCUUUUCUUGGCUUGCUGGUGGUCAAGUCUCCCAGUUCCAGAGCACAUGUCCUCCUUCUGGAUGGCAGCCACUUACGAAUGGAAUGCCAUGCUACCAUCAUUUCCCCCACCCCUCUGUUACAUCCAGGCAAAGGAGGAAAAAAAUACAUUUUACUGAGAAGACUAAAUGAAGACUUUAAGUUUGACCUGAGAGAGUUAGGUUGAGAGAGUGACACAAUCAAUCUUACCCUUGGGUCUUCACUCAGGGGUGGGCUCAAGGUAGGAGGUAACCUAAGGUGGCAUAUUUGGUGUCCACACUAUAGCUGGUGUGCUUAUAAGUAGGCUCCUUCGAGUUGAGGAGAGUGUCCUUCUAAGCCGCUGCCCUUUUCAGGACAAAUGCUGUGGGCUCAAUGCCCCAUUCAGGAUUAUAGGCAGUUGGAAGAUCAGAACAGUUGUCAGUACCUCUCAAGUUUACAGCUCUUUCUUAUGGACAGGUCUCUGUCACAUUGCCUACCUACUCCACACCCCCUGCCCUUUAUUUCUCUCCAUGAUACAAUUACAAAGUCUGAUGCAUUUACAUCCCAAUGUUACUUUCUGGAAGAGGAGUGGGCUUUGAUAAGCUUAGACCAGUGAUAAUGGACAGUUUCUUGUCCACUCCCCUGCACCAGAAGAAAUGAUCUGGUCAGACUGGAGGUGUUAGUUACUUUUCUCUUUUCUGACAAAGUAUCUGACAAAGCCAACAUACAGAAGGGAAAGCUUACUUUGGCGUUUGGCUUGAGGGUCCAGCCUGUCAUGGAGGGGGUUGUAGUGAAUAGGGGUGUGAGGCAACAGGUUCAGUUGUGCCUGCAGGCUGGAUGCAGAAAGAGAAGAUGCUGGUACCCAACUCAGCUCACUCUCUCUCUUUCACUCAUGAAAGGAUGUCACCCAUACCAUGCAACCCAACCUAGAAAUUUCCUCACAAACAUGUCCAGAGUUUUUUCUCCUAAGUGAUUCUGGAUUGUGUCAAGUUAACAGUAUCACUCAUCACAUUAGGGUAAUACUGUCUACCUUCACUAACUGUCAGAGGCGGGACCUUUCCCACAGGACAGAGGCCCCAGGGAGUGUCUCCCAUUGGGCUAUAAAUCCAGAAGGUCAAAAGUCUAGCAGAGUAAUUUUUUUUAUCUUAUCUAAUCACAGUUGAGUGUUUCAGCCCACAUCUAGAUCUAGUAGAGGUUCAUUCACUACCUAAAUGUGAGGUGAAGUGUAGGGACACACAAGGAAGGGGCAGUAACCCAUGGCUAGAAGGAGCAGAGGUGCUGUUACCAUUCUCAGUCUGGAUGCAAGAGGGCUGAAAUUCCAAGGAGGAGGAGAAAAACUAGUGGAGCAAUAGCAUCUGGGAGAGGAAUAGAACCAGUUGCCAGUGUCCCUGUGGAGAGGGAGCCUGUGGCAAAUUUGCAGGAAACUGGAAUGCUCACAGGCAGGUGUAAGGAUCUCAAAAAUGGCAUAUGCCAUGACUGUUCAGUAUUGACCUCUCAUACUUGCCCUGUGGCUCCUAGAGCCUUCUCAGAUAAAGCAGCACUUGACUCAGACUCUGAAGGACAUCCAAAACCAUGAGUAACAAGGAAGGUGCUUUGGACCGACAUGUCUCAGGGCUAACAGAGAUAGGACAGAGAGAGUGUAGGGUUUGCUUGCAAGAGGCAGGAGGGAGAGAAUGGCCAAGAAAGAUGAAUACAGUUGGUUAAAUUAGUUGGUUUUGCUAUGUGUUGGGCACAGUGCAAAGGACCUCACAUUGUUCUUCUCUUACCACAUUAUCCUUGUUUUACAGAGAAGAAAACAAACAUGUAGAGAAGUUCAGAAAUUUACCAAGAUGUCACCAUGGUAGGUGGUAGCACUGGGCUAAAAAUUCCAAAGGCUGCAGCUGAAACAACAAUAACAUCAUCCUGGAAUUGAGCCAGAAGGGCCUGGCCCUUCAGGAGAGUAGUAGGGAACCAUGGAAGGUUUAGAAUAAGAAACAGAAAGACUGAUUUGUUCAGGACUAAGCUCUAGGCCUAUGGCAAGUGGGAGAGAGUGAGAGCAUGGAUUAGACGCUUUCUUCAGUGAUGUGACCAGGUUCCUGACAUAGGCAGCACAAGGGAAGACAUAUUUAAAAAACAUUAAAAACUAAGUUAAUAUUUUGACUUAUGGUUGCAGUGACUUCAGUCUGCAGUUCUUGGGGCUGUUGACUCUGGGCCCAUGGAGAGGCAGACCAUCACAGUGGCAGGAAUGGAUAGAGGAAGAGGCUGUUCUUGGUGGAUCAGGGGUGAGCUAAGCCCUUCAAAGGCUUCUGGUGACCUAUUUCCUUCCACCAGGCUCUGCCUGUUAGAGUUGCUCUGUGUCUUUUCUUCAGAUCUUGGUAAACAUUCAGGGAUGAACAGAAGUUGGAGCCUAUGUGGUUGAUUUCUGGGGUGUGGUAAGCUUGGGAGACCUGGGCUGGGUAACAACUGAUCACUAAUAAUUUCUGCCAGUGCCCACAGGUGUUGUGACUCACGCUUUAUGUGCCACCAGCUACCUAUCAGCAGAGAGCUGCCAUAAAGUUAAUUUCUUUCUUUCUUUUCAAUUCCCUAAUAUAAGGAAACCAUGAAUAUGGAUGACAAUGGCAUAAAGAAAGUCCAUGUUCAACUGUCCAAAUUACCGUAGGUCUUUUUCUUUUAUCGUGCUAAUUCUUUCAGACAAUUAAAAAAGAGGUGGAUUCCCAUUCUCCAAGCAGGCAAGCCGAGCUCGCUCUUAAGCAGUGGUUCUCGGCCUUCUUAAUGCUGUGGCCCUUUAAUACAGUUUGUCAUUUCUACUGGUGAUUUUCUACUUGAAUGGAAGGAGGGACAUGUGCUGCUGGGUGAAUGAACGCCCUACAAAACAUACGAGGUUGGCAGUCAUUCAUCAGGCCAUUGCCACUCAGGUGCUCAUUACGAUAAUCAUCAGGUAAUGGUGCUCUGGGUGGCCGCUGAAGCCUGAAGAGAAAUCAGAUAGUCUGUACCAAGGAUCAACACAAAACUGGAUCAUGUGUCCAUCUUUCAAGUUCACUGUGAAGGUUGUUAGGAUGUAUGUCUUAUGAUCUAUUCAUGGAGGGUGAUUUGGCUUUGAAUCUCUGUAGUACUCUGUACUCAGCACGUGUUCCCAGGAAGGUGACCAGGUUUGUGGAAGACAAGACAAUUGCCUGUUGGACAGCUCACAGCUCCACAGCAGUAAAACUGGUUUGAAUUUCAUUUCAGGCUGUUGCUCUAGCCCAGGCAAGCACUGCCCACAUCACAGGUUUUUGGUUGCAGUGCUGCCAGCUGGGCCUUGGACAAGACUCUUUUCCAACAUUUUUAUAAAAUGAUUUCUUUUUAUUUUAUGUGCAUUGGCAUUUUCUCCGCACGUGUGGCUGUGUGAAGGUGUCAGAUCCCGUAGAACUGUAGUUACAGACAGUUGUGAGCUGCCAUGUUGGUGCUGGGAAUUGAACCAGAUCCUCUGGAAGAACAGCCAGUGUUUUUUUUUUUUUAAUUAAAUUUUUAUUUUUUACAGUUACAGUUUAUUUACUUUGUAUCCCAGCUGUAAACCCCCCCCCCAAUCCCUCCCUCCCUCUCUCAUCUCCUCACUGUCCCUCUCUAAGUCCACUGAUAGGGAAGGUCCUUCUCGGCUUCCAUCUGACCCUAGCUUAUCAGGUCUCUACAGGAUUGGCUGCAUUGUACUCCUCUGUGGCCUAGCAAGGCUGCUCCUCCCUUGGGGGGGGGGGUUUGUCAAAGAGCCAGCCACUGAGUUCAUGGCAGAGACAGUCCCUGUUCCCCCUUACUAGGGUAUCCACUUGGAUACUGAGUUGCCAUGGGCUACAUCCCAGCAGGGGUUCUAGGUUAUCUCCAUGCAUAGUCUUCGGUUGGAGUAUUAGUCUCAGAAAAGACCCCUAGGCCCAGAUAUAUUUGGUCCUUGUAAAGAUCCUAUCCUCUCCAAGUCAUACUAAUUCUCUCUUCUUUCAUGAUUCCCUGCACUCUGCCCAAGGUUUGGUUAUGAGUCUCAGCAUCUGCUUUGAUACACUGCUAGGUAAAGUCUUUCAGAGGCCCUCUGUGACAGGCUCCUGUCCUGUUACUUGUUUUCUCCUACUUCCAAUGUCCAUCUCAUUUGUCUUUCUAAGUGAAGAUUAAUCAUCUUACCCCAGGUCCUCUUUCUUGUUUAUCUUCUUUAGGUGCACAGAUUUUAGUAUGUUUAUCCUAUCUUAUAGGUCUAGUAUCCACUUAUAAGUGAGUAUGUACUGAGUGUGUCUUUCUGCUUCUGGGACACCUCACGUAGGAUGGUCUUUUCUAGAUCUCACCAUUUGCCUGCAAAAGUUCAUGAUUUCCUUGUUUUUAAUUGCUGAGUAGUACUCUAUUGUGUAAAAGUACCACAAUUUCUGUAUCCAUUCCUCAGUUGAGGGGCAUCUGGGUUGUCUCCAGGUUUGGCUAUUACGAAUAAAGCUGCUACAAACAUGGUUGAACAAAGUCCUUGUUGUGUACUUGAGCGUCUUUUGGAUAUAUGCCUAGGAGUGGUAUAGUGGUAUAGGAGUGGAUCUUGAGGAAGCACUAUUUCUAAUUGUCUGAGAAAGCGCCAGAUUGAUUUCCAUAGUGGUUGUACAGUUUACAUUCCCACCAGCAAUGGAGGAAGGUUCUCCUUUCUCUAUAUCCUCUCCAGCAUGUGUUGUCACUUGAGUUUUUGAUCUUAGCCAUUCUGAUGGGUGAAAUCUCAGGGUCAUUUUGAUUUGCAUCUCCCUGAUGGCUAAGGACAUUGAGCAUUUCUUUGACUGUUUCCCUGCCAUUCUAUAUUCCUCUACAGAGAAUGCUCUGUUUAGCUCUGUACCCCAUUUUUUAAUUGGAUUGCUUGAUUUGUUGCUUUUUAACUUCUUUAGUUCUUUAUAUAUUCUAGAUAUCAGCCCUCUGUCAGAUAUAGGGUUGGUGAAGAUCCUUUCCUGGUCUAUACAGCCAGUGUUCUUAACCUCUGAACCAUCUUUCCAGCCCCUCUUUUCCAACACUUAGACAUUGAAAGAUGAUGUGAUCUACAAAGAUCACACUUGAGAAUCAUGCAGUUCAGUCACACACACACACACACACACACACACACACACACACACACAGGAAAUCAUGAUAAUUCUCUUUUCUCUGGCUAUGAUAGAACACUCUGAUAAAAAGCAACUUAGGUGAGCAAAGGAUUUAUUUCAGUGUAUAUUUCCAGGUCACAGCUCAUCAUUAAAGGAAGUCAGGGCAGGACUCUGACGGCGGGACUGCUUGCUAUUCCACACAGCACCACGUCUGUUGAGGAAACUAGUCCUAGCCAAGGGAGUCCAGCAGGAAUCAUGGAGAGUGCUGCUUGAGGCUUGCUUAUCCACAGACCCAUACUUUGCUAUCUCUUUAAAAUAUAGUUCAGGACCACCUGCUCAGGGAAUGGUGCCAUCCACAGGGGCUGGAACUUCCUAUAUCAAUUAAGAGUCAAGACAUGUCCAUUGACUAAUCUUGUUUGAGAAAUCCCUCAACUGAGACCAACUUUUCAGGUGGCUUUAGGCUGUGUCAAGUUGACAGUUAAAAUCAACUAGGGCAUUAUGUUUCAAGUAUGUCUAUUGUUUUGU